AUGCUUUUCAGUCUUCUCGCUCUUCCAGCUCUCGUUGCUGGACUUCCCAGUCUCGGGUCCAGACAGGACAACGUACAUCACUUGCCUCUGGCUCGCCAGUCGCUUCAUCGUCGCGGCGACUUCGUGGACGUCAAACGUGUCGCAGGCUCCGCGCGAGCGCUCAGGGCCAAAUACGGAUUCGCGGCUGCGAAUCAACUAGCGCGGAGGGCGGAUGAACCGGCCAGUAUUGAUGUCAUCAACCAGGGUGGGGACUUGAGGUAUCUUGCGACUUUGAACGUCGGUACACCGCCUCAACCAUUGAACGUCAUACUCGACACCGGGUCAUCCGAUCUCUGGUUCUCGACUACGGAUUGCCAGAACUGCCCAAACUAUGUGCCGCGGUUUAACGCAUCGCAGUCGUCAACCUUGAAUGCGUCUUCGACCCAGACCGUGGAGCUCCUCUACGGCACUGGACUCAACGCUACUGGAACCGUCCUUCAGGAUGCUGUCGCCGUCGGACCCUACAGCACUACGCAGGCGUUCACGGGUGUCACAGAGAUGUACAACACCAGUCUCAUCAACGGCACCACGUCCGGUAUCUUUGGCCUGGCGUUCCAGAACUUGACCUACUCCGGCAUCAAGCCAUUCUGGCUUUCGCUCUUUGACGACGGCGAGCUCGACAGCCCAGAGUUCGGGAUGUACCUCACGGAUUACCAGGGAAACACGACCGAUCUCACUGCGGAGAACCCUGGUGGGACACUCACGCUUGGCGGGACGAACAGCAGCUUGUACAAGGGCGAGAUCGAGUACAUCCCUUUCAACAGCUCACAGGACACCUUCUGGUUCCAGAAUGUAUCCGGACUCACUGUGAAUGGAGCAUCCGUUGAACUCGAGUCCAAUGGGACCCUGGCUAUCAUGGAUACCGGCUCGGCGCUCAUCGCCGGCCCUACCGCCGCCGUCAAAGGCUUCUGGGCGCAAAUCAACGGUUCCCAGGCUCUCCCUGAUAUUCCUGGAUUCUACGGAUUCCCAUGCGAGACGAACUUCACGGCGACGCUCGCGUUCGGGGGUAAGGCAUGGCCCAUUCCCGCUCGCGACAUGAACGCCGGCGAGAUUGCGGAGGGGCAGUGUUUGGGCAUCUUUUUCGACGCCCAGCAGGGUCUCCCAGCGAUUGGCUCCGACUAUCCGAGUUGGAUCGUUGGCGAUGCUUUCCUCAAGAACGUCUACAUGGUCUACAGGGCUGGCGACAACCCUGCGGUCGGCUACGCUGAGUUGGCUGAUGGCUUGCGCGCUGAUUGA